AUGUCUGAGGAGGAGGUAUUGAAAAAUCCAAUGGUCGGUGUGGUGUUGCCGUACUGCUGCUCGACGACGACGAGGCAGAGAGGUCGUCGCUGAUCGCCGUGUGUAUCGUUCGACAUUACCGCCGCUGCGUGACCGCCGCGGACGCGUGUUUCUUUUUUUUCCGCGUUCGAUAUUACCCACCGUGUCCAAUCGCGUCGUCACGACAUACUGAGGAAGCUGCUGCGAAAACUGCCCUGCGUCGGCCUGUCGUGCCUGCGGUGCCCACGACAUACAGCAAUAGUGAGAAAGGGAUAGAAAAAGAAAGAAAAAGAGAAACAGAGUGCCGAUUGAACACGGGCGUUGAACGCGAGAACGACGAGGAACGGCGGCGACGGCGACGACGACCUCCUCCUGUCGAGUAGAGCGCAAUAGUCGUUCUUCUCGCUCCGUAAUUUCAUACUACCCGACUCGCACCGCGCGCGGCGAUAUGCAGCAGUACGAAAAUCUGUCAGACAUCAACGAGGAGUGAAAUAGAGUGAAGUAGAGUAAAACGCAAGAAUCGGAGCGAACUAGUGACGAGACUAUAACGGAGAGAGAGAGAAAAACAGUGAAGAAGAAAAGUAUAGCGCGUGAGACAAAAAGAGAGAGAGAGAGAGACGGAACAAGGCGCGACGACACGAGUGAGAAAGAGAGAGAGAGAGAGAGAGAGAGAGAACGACGGAGUAGCGAGUGCGGAGCGAAGAUAGCCGCGAUCGGUGGGAGAUCAACGCGACGUUGGCCGUGGAAGUAAAAAUUCACACCGCGCGUCGUCGGCGGAGUACCGCGCGGUGGCGCGCCGCUACGUAAUACGUCGGCGACCGACAACGACGGAGAGAGCCGAGGCGCGGGACCGCGAGGAAGCAGCCGCGUUUUAUAGGAGCCGAAUAGUACAAGCCGUCCCAAAAACGUCGGUCUGCCGUCGCCACUACCGCUACCGCCACCAUCGCCACCGCCGCCACGACGUUGGCACGCACCCCUCGUCGCUCUCGCCAGCGGCGCUCCGCAGCGUCACCCCUCCCCCUCCCCCGCCACCGUUCAUUGGCUGACGAUACCGCGCUUUGGAACUGCUUGCGGCCGCCACUGCCGCAUCGCCGUGACAGCAGCGCGAGGAGGAAGCUAGGCCGUCGUCGCCGAGAGAGUGCGCGUCAGUGUGCCGAAAAAGAGGGUGGUGUCGCUUGUACGACGACGAGUGUAUGAAGGUGGGCUUUCCUCUCUCUCCUCCCCCCCCCUCUCCUUCUGUGGAAAAGGUGUUCUCGUGCAACGAACACGGUGUGCGGAUCGACACUCGUCACCUCCGCGCGCGUACACGGAAAGCUAAAAGUCAUCCGUGAAAAAGUUAGUGUCGUCUGCGGUCUCUCGCGCUGCUUGUCGCCAUCUCUUCCCACACUCCUGCCCUUCCUUCUUCAGUCUUGUCACGCUCUUUAGCUUUUCCAUCCCCGAACUAGCAGUCGAGUGUCGUUGGCAUAACGUGAAAACGGUGUGAAGAGGUGAUAGAGAAGAUAAGAAGAGAGCGAGAGAGAGAGAGAAAGAGAGAGAGAGAGAGAAAGAGAGAGAGGAAAGAAAGUGCGCGCGUGAGCGCGCACUCUCGUGCGAUGUGAUAAUCGCGUGUGCGACUGUUAUUGAUGUGCGAGGUGGUGUUGACGACGAGGGAAACGACAUCAACGGCGACUACCAGGGCUAACUUCAGGCGGUGGCGGAGGAGGAGGAGGAGAAUCGCCGGAGAGAUACCGGCCAACCUAACCUAGUAGACGCAGUAGGAGUAGCAGGAGAGAAAGAGGCAGCGGGGACGCAACCUUUUCAAGUCGCGGUGUAGGUGUGGAGGCGGAGGUGGAGGCGGUCGAGAAAGCUUCAGGAUGAGCGGACGACCGAGAACCACCUCCUUCGCCGAGGGUAACAAGCAGCCUGCGAAUCCGCCCCUCGGCGGUAUGAAAAUAAGCAGUGGUGCAAUGUACCCUGCAGGCAAGGAUGGCAGCAAGGUAACGACUGUAGUAGCGACUCCUGGUGCUGGUCCGGAUCGUCCUCAGGAAGUCGCGUAUACCGAUACCAAGGUCAUAGGCAACGGCAGCUUUGGUGUGGUAUACCAAGCGAAACUCUGCGAUUCGGGAGAGAUGGUUGCUAUCAAAAAGGUUCUCCAGGAUAAACGAUUUAAGAACAGGGAAUUACAAAUUAUGCGACGCCUCGAACAUUGCAAUAUUGUGAAACUCAAAUAUUUCUUUUAUUCUAGUGGUGAUAAGAACAUCUUAACCGCGACUAAUCCGGUUUUUCACGUUGACAAGGACGAGGUUUAUCUUAAUCUAGUGCUGGAAUACAUACCCGAAACUGUGUACAAAGUCGCUCGACAUUAUAGCAAAAGCAAGCAGACGAUACCAAUCAGUUUCAUCAAGUUGUAUAUGUAUCAACUGUUCCGUUCGUUGGCGUACAUCCACUCGCUGGGUAUUUGUCACAGGGAUAUCAAACCACAGAAUUUGCUGCUAGAUCCGGAUACUGGUGUCUUGAAGUUAUGCGAUUUUGGUUCAGCUAAACACCUUGUGAAGGGCGAACCAAAUGUGUCCUAUAUCUGCAGUCGCUACUAUCGCGCACCUGAACUCAUCUUUGGUGCUAUUGAUUAUACUACAAAAAUUGAUGUUUGGAGUGCAGGUUGUGUGCUAGCAGAACUACUGUUAGGUCAACCAAUAUUUCCCGGUGAUAGCGGUGUCGAUCAACUGGUAGAGAUUAUCAAAGUCCUCGGUACGCCUACGCGCGAUCAGAUACGUGAGAUGAACCCCAACUACACUGAAUUCAAAUUUCCACAAAUUAAAUCACAUCCCUGGCAAAAGGUAUUCAGGGCGCGCACACCGCCGGAAGCGAUGGACCUAGUGGCACGGCUCUUGGAAUAUACACCGUCGUUACGCAUGACACCGUUGCAAGCGUGUGCGCAUUCAUUCUUCAAUGAAUUACGCGAACAAGGCACGCGGUUACCAAGUGGUCGUGAAUUACCGCCACUUUUCAAUUUCACCGAGCAUGAGCUGCGAAUCCAGCCGAUCCUUAACAGCAUGCUGAUACCCAAAUACAUGCAAUCGGCCGCCGCCACCACCGGUACAGAGGGGAAUCCCGGCGGGGGCGGCGGAGGCGGAGGUGGCGGCCAGUCGGACGCCACGGGCGCCGCUGCCAGUGCUAGCGGUAAUUCUAGUGAUAAUAGCGCCAACAAUCCCAACACCACCACUAACACUACCGCUACCAACACGCAAAACACUGACCCUAGCCAAUCGAACAUGGCUUGAACCGCUUUAUUCUAUUUUCUAUUUUUCUUUUCUUUUUUAACGUUAUUAAAGAGUUGGGUUAUGACGUUGUUACGAUGGCAUGACGAAAUAACCAUCUUCUGACGAGGAUGUCCACAUUGUAAAUGCGAUAUACCGCAUUGCGGAGUAAAUAGAUAUAAGAUUCUCUCUAGCGAGAAGUAGUGUAGUACUGCGACGCGAUUCAGUGGAAUUAAAGCUCUUAGUUCAUCUCCGUAGGUAGCUCUAUAGGUAGGACCAGGGGAUCCUAACUCUCUUUAUUUUGACAAAAACGGAAGUUUGAUGAAUUCAUAAUUUUUAAAGGACAGAGCGUCAACUUAUUUCUUCGCCACUUACUGGCUUUUUUAUUGCCAAUAGUGGCUGGUUGAUCAACUUCUGUAAAUUAGAUAGUCAAGU